CGGAGAGGACACGAUGCGGUGCCUGGGAGCCGCCGCCGUCCUGCUGGGUCUGCUCGGGGGCGCCCUGGCCACCGAGGUCAUCUGCUACUGGGCCUCCUGGACCUCAUACAGGACCGGAAACGGCAAAGUCACUGUAGAUGACCUAGAUCCCAGUAAAUGCUCCAUCUACAUCUACGCCUUCGCAACACUGGACGAGAACACGCUGACCAUGAAGCCUUUCGACACCAGCCUGGACAUCGACAAGAAGGGCUAUGAGAAGUUCGUGGCGAUGAAGAAGCGCAACUCGCGUCUGCGGACGCUGCUGGCGCUCGGUGGCUACAACGACUCGGGACCCAAGUACUCCAGCAUGCUCUCCAGCGCGUCCAAGCGAGCGCGCUUCGUGCGGCGCGCCGUCGCCUUCCUCCGCGAGCACGGGUUCGACGGCCUGGACCUGGACUACGAGUACCCGACGGCCGCCUGACCGGCCGUACUUCGCACAGCUCGUCGCCGAGCUGAAGCGGGCCUUCCGGCCGCACGGCAUGUGGCUCUCCACGGCGACGCCGGCCACGCGCGAUAAGAUCGACGCGGGCUUCGACGUGCCGGCCAUCGCCGCCGACAUCGACAUGAUCCACGUAAUGGCGUACGACCUGCACGGCAGCUGGGAGUGGGGUACGGCCGACCACCACGCGCCGCUGCGGCCGCGCGCCUCCGACGCUGGCCGCGGCCUGGACGUGCGCAGCACCGUGGAGC